AGAUUUAAAAAGAGAGUCUAAUCACGAUUGAAGGUGUUAUAAAAAGAUAAACAACUGCCUUUAACCUUUUAGUUUAAGGAAACUUGUAACGCAUAAAUAACUAAAAAUGUCACUUCUCUACGCCCUUCUGAUUGUACUGCCAGCCAUGGCUCUGGCUCAAAUUGACCUAAAGCCAUACAACCUGACGGCUACAGCCAUGUUCCUGAACGUGGACACCGACAUGAACGGACAGAUCACCAUACAGGAGAUUGACACGGCUUUCAGAGGCUAUGACGUCAACCAUAACGGCCGCGUCAGCAGACAAGAGUACACCAGCUACGUGGACGCCCACCAGCCCGAGCUCCACCCCCUCUCCCACGCCCUCUACGACAUCUACGACGUGGACGGCGAUGACCAGCUUGACCUUCACGACUUCGAAAACUUCCACAAACUGAUGGACAGUGAUGCCAACGGAUUUGUUAGCCAUUACGAAUACGUCAGGUACUGGUCAAUUCUCUUCACUGACCUGGAGCACCUUCACGCCCCCAACAAGAAAAAUGUCGUCGUUCACCCCUAAAGCCAUAUCGAUGGAUCGAUGUUUUAGUAUAUUUAUAAAAUAAAAGUUUCCAUUCAAAUAUUCUAA